CGUUAGAGACGAUCAGAAAACACUCAGAGCUCAUUGAUCCACACAGAAUGAGCAAGAUGAGAGCUGUACUGAAGGUGCUGCUGCUGAUGGCUCUGCUGGUUUCUGCUCAGGGAUGGGAUAACUACUGGAGCUUACCUGAUUCAUACAGAACACACACUGACAAGGCACUGCGCAAUGCCAAUGGAAAAUUUGGGGGCCCUUAUCAUGUUGCCUAUAACAGGCUCUUGUCCAGCCUGAGAAUUACGGACAGCAGCUUCUACAUACGUGUGCGUCUGAUGGUCACCACAUGUAAAAAGGAUCCAAAUAAAGGUUUUGGACAUCGAGAUGAAUGUGCUACACAAAAGCCUAGUACGCCCUGGAUUGACUGUGUUGUGUGUAAGCCAAAAAAUGGGGCAGAACUAAUUGACUGUGCGAGACAAAUGGAUGUCAAAGAUAGAGAGAGCAUUCGGAGUAGUUGUCCCACUCCCUCAGAUUACCACCUUGGAGGUGGAUCUAUAAAUCUCGAGGAUGAUGGGCCGCAGUAUGGAUGUCUUGGAUGUGUCUGACUUUGAGACCCCUGAAGCAGCACACACGAACCAGGAAACAUACAAAUUCCAACUAUGAAUGAAAUAAAUAAAAAAAAAAAAUGUAGUGAUGAUUGUAUAAAGUCAGCUACUUCUAGACAAAUGGUUAAAACCUACAUAAGAAAUGGAGCAUGUGGUUUCCAAUAAAAGGACACUUACAUUUUAAGUUUAUUCUGGCUGUCUGACUUUAUGUAUGCAUUAAAAUAGCUAACACAAUAAUGAGAAUAAAUAUUUAAAACAAAACUACAUUGUCAUCAUAGAGAAUGAUAUGUUUGAACACAAAGUAUUUAUAAAAUAAUUAUUGUGUGUAUUUAUACAUUAUUGGCAAACAUUUGUGACUAAUUUUAAAAUUUUAUCUUAGACAUGAACGCAUAGGUAGCUAACUGUGCUGUUGAACAGCUUGUCAGGUACCAGAAGUAACAGUGUGCUUCAAAAGGCCCUCAGGGAGGAGAGCUUAGCCUGUUUAGUGAGAGCCUUCAGUCAAAGAACAGAAAAAUUCACUACAGUCUUGGGUCAGUGUGAGUUACUAAUGAAUUUAUUCAUUCAAAAUUUUAAUUCUUGACCCAAACAUUUCUUGCAUUUUCUGAAAAUGGUAUUUCAGCAGUUUCAAUAAAAAUAACAUUUUAAAGUG